AGAGAUGCUUCUUUGUCUUGGUGAAAGAGAAAGAGGGAGAAUUUGAAUAGUGUGUGUAUGAUUUGCUUUGCGUUUUUGCUAGUUUGAAUCGAAGGAUCCGAGGUUUCUGUAUAGAAAUGAUUCGUUGUUCUUCGCGAAAGGGGGAAGGAGAAUUUAAAUAGAUUUGAAUUGCAUUUUAGCUAGUUUGAAUCAAAGAUUCGAGGUUUUCAUAUAGCAAUGCUUCGUUUUUCUUCGUGAAGAGGGGAGAGAGAAUUUUAAUAGUUUGUGUAUGAAUUGCUGAGCAUUUUAGUUUGUUUGAAUCAUAGAUUCCGAGAUUUGCUGAUAAAAAGGCUUCAUUGUUCUUGUGGGAUACUGCUCAUUCGAAAGGGGGCUCUGUUGGUUCGAAUGGUUUUGUGAUCAUCCCCAAAAAUGUUAAGGAUCUACGACAAAAUCCGGGGAAUGGUGAUCUUGACAUCUUCACAUAUGAGGAAAUGAAGUUGGCAACCAAGCACUUCCGGCCAGACCAAGUGCUGGGUGAGGGUGGCUUUGGCAUUGUCUAUAAAGGUGUGGUGGAUGAAAACUUGCGCCCGGGCUAUAAGAUGACUCAAGUUGCCAUUAAAGAGCUUGAUCCCGAAGGUCUACAAGGAGACAGAGAAUGGCUGGCAGAAGUUAAUUAUCUAGGGCAGCUCCGACACCCUAACCUGGUGAAAUUAAUCGGCUACUGCUGCGAGGGCGACCAUAGGCUGUUGGUCUACGAAUAUAUGGCGUCUGGGAGCUUGGAGAAACACCUUUUCUUAAGAGUUCGCGCAACUUUAACGUGGCAACAAAGAUUGAAAAUCGCUUUGGAUGCUGCAAAGGGGCUUGCAUUUCUUCAUGGAGUGGAGAAGCCCAUUAUCUACAGGGAUUUCAAGACUUCGAACAUUUUGCUCGAUCUGGAUUUUAACGCAAAGCUUUCUGAUUUCGGAUUGGCUAGGGUCGGCCCCACUGGUGAUCAAACACACGUGUCAACACGGGUUAUGGGCACGUAUGGUUAUGCUGCUCCCGAGUAUGUCAUGACUGGACAUUUGACAGCAAGAAGUGACGUUUAUGGCUUCGGAGUAGUUCUGCUGGAGAUGCUGAUUGGCCGGCGAGCAAUGGACAAGAGCAGGCCGAGCCGAGAGCACAACCUCGUGGAGUGGGCUCGGCCCCUGCUAAACCACAGCAAGAAGCUCGCGCGAAUACUCGAUCCAAGAAUCGAGGGGCAAUACUCGGGGCGAAUUCUCAUGAAGGUGGCCAACCUGGCAUAUCAGUGCCUGAGUCAGAACCCGAAAGGGCGGCCUGUGAUGAGUCAGGUGAUUGAGAUACUCGAACCCCUUGUGGCUCAAGAAACGAAUAGAGGGGAGAUGGUUCCGAGCAACGAAGGUGGCGGUGUAACGCUAUAUGAAGUUCCGAAGACGCCCAAGGAACAGAGUUUCCCCAAAGGCAAGAGCGAGAGGGAAGUGCAGCCUCCGAAGAGCAACGGGAGAAGCAAGAGCGAGCCGCCCAAGGAGUGCGACCUUUACGAUCAGUCGCCGGAGGAGUUGCAUCUUGAGAGAUCAAACUCAGGUAGACGUUGAACUGCAUUUGAAUUGUUUGUAAACUAUUAUUGAAACAAAUGCAUCUUCUUGCUGCCAUGUUUUACCAUAACUACAUAUUUUUUGCACCUUUUGUGCCUUAAUAAAGUUAUAUUUACACCGGAGAUGUAUAAA